UGGAACAUAGACAUGGACCACAUUAAUUAUGUAAAGCAAAGAGAACACCAGCUGAAUAGUGAAGUUCUGAGGCUUAAAGUGGGGAGGACGUGUGAAAGAUGAAACGGAGAAUUUUUGAACGGCAAAAGCUGGUGUUUGUUGUGGGCCAGCACAAGAUGCAACGCAUUCGCCUCAAUUCUUGGAACAGACGUCAAAGAUUGUCUUAAGAAGUGCUAUAGGAUGGCGAAUAUCUUGCGUUGCCAGAUCUGUUGCCGUCGUCAUUAAUGCGCCCUGGUUCACGUUUCGCCAUGUAUGUGCUGUCCCUGUUUCACGGCAAGAUUUCAAACAAAAUCUCAACCAGGAUUGACGUGACCUCUCGAUUUACACUUUUUUUUUUUUUUUUUUUUUUUUAUAUCGAUACUUAACUCACCUUCAAGCCUAAGUAAGGAGUAUAAGAACAGUUAUCUGUUUGUAAAUGUCAGGGUUACAAGUAAAAAGUGAUCAGAAACAUUUACAUUCAAGUAAAGUACUUAUACCUGAAAUGUAGUAUUUGUACUUUGUAACUUCCCACCACUCCUGUUAAAUACAGCACAAGCCACCAUUUUGUCAUUUUGGCUUGCCUUCAUACCUAAAAUAUCUGAACAAUAUCUAUCAGUGCUGAAGAGACCUAAUGAAAGGCCUUAGAGUUCCCAAUUGCUGGCAGAGUUCUUCAACUUGGUCGUAGAAGACCUAGUAGUGGAAGACUUCUGCAGUCAUGGGGGAAUGGAGUUUUCUCAGCGGACUCUUCGACCACCUCCAGGCCCGCUCGCCCAUGCUGGGCCGCUUCUGGCUCUUGCUGAUGUUGGUUUUUAGGAUCCUGAUCUUGGGAACGGUGGCCAGCGACAUGUUCGAGGACGAGCAGGAGGAGUUCGUGUGCAACACGCUCCAGCCGGGCUGUAAGCAGGUGUGCUACGACCAGGCCUUCCCCAUCUCCCAGUACCGCUUCUGGGUCUUCCACAUCGUCCUCAUUGCCACGCCGUCGCUGCUCUUUAUCAUGUACGCCAUGCAUCAUCACAACAAGAGAACCAGCCGCUCCAACGUGCCUCAAGACUAUCGAGAAAUUCGCCAGUUGCGGAGGCUCUACAUAGUCCACGUGGCCUUUCGGUUGUUCGCCGAAGUCGGCUUUCUCGUCGGCCAGUGGUGGCUUUACGGCUUCAAGGUGGAGGCCCAGUAUCCCUGCGACCGUUUCCCUUGUCCCUACACCGUGGACUGCUUCACCUCACGCCCGGCCGAGAAAACCGUCUUCCUCUGCUUCUACUUCGCGGUCGGGAUCUUGUCCGCCAUGUCCAGUUGCAUCGAACUUCUCUACAGCUCCGUCAAGUGGUUCUGUUGCAGGCGAGAGCACCCCAGUGACCUGAGCGUCCACAGCUACAAGCCGGGGGAGCGGGGAGAGAAGUCUUCGGAAAAGACCGUGUCGGACUAUGCGUCCGGCAGCGGGAGGACCAGGAAGGGGGCGCACAGGAGCAGCAACAAGGGAAAUGCGACGGCUUCCAAGUACAGGAAUGGCAAAUAUGUGAACAGCAAGACUUUCAUGGUGUGAUCGCCUACUUUUGGAUUCAUCGACAACAAUAAUCACCUCCCACGGAGUCAAUGGAACAAAAAACACAAGGAGAUCGAGCCUGGUGAUAAAGUGCUCACACUUUUACUUAAGUAGAAGUACAGAUACUUGUGUAAAAGACUGCUAAAAGUAGAAGUGCAGACUGACAUGUACGUGAGAAUAAUGACAGAUGCUGUACAGUUGAAUAUACUCUUGCAUGCAAGGAGACUGCUCGACUGGUCGAAGAAGUUUCUUUCUCCCCAGGCGAGGUCACAUCAGCAUGCACACAUGAACAGGCUGUUAUCAUCUGCAUUAUGCAAGUGGCGUGCCCGACCAAUUAGGACUUGCGUUGUCUCACAACGGUGAAAAUACAAUUAUCAGAGUGAGAGACGAACGUGGCCUGUUUUCUUAUCCUCACACUGAAACGAAAAGAAAGAUGAUGACAGUGACACAGCAUUUGUACUUCAUUACUUGCCACAACAGUUUUGGAUCCACUUUUACCACAGAUUACUCAUUUAGCUUCAGACACCGGUGCUUAGUUACACCCAUACGGAAACGCAUCGGGUACAUGUUUUUGUAUAAUCAUUUUCUGUCAGUUAUUUUGGGCCUUGGCCUCAUUUCUCACGUGUCAUGUCUUGUCUCUCGGGAUAACAGUGGCAACGGAGGAAACAACAUAUACAGCAGUGCCUCCUGCUUGCAUGAUUCAUCUGCCACUUAAGCGCUUGCAGGACCGAAAUGUUCCUUGAGCGUCCUGCUCUGUUGUCAACAGUAGGUGGCAGCAGUUCAACAAAUACUCACUGUAUUGUGUUGUCAUCACUUCGUUAAUUGCCAAAAUUCUAAAUUAGUAAUGAUAACUAAAAAACAAAAAAAUUGCCUUACUUGUAUGUGUUUUCAGAGUAGAUAUAGAAAUAAUUCCUGUAUAAUCAUAUCCCUUUUCAUAAUAUCAAUUACUGUACGCAUUUUCUAACGAACAUUUCUUUUC